UGCUCUGUCAGUCGUACUCGUAACACGGCGUGUGUGGAAUUGAACUCACAUAACAGAGUCUCUUUACUGGUGGAGCUGGGCUAAGGUCAUUUAAAUAGUAUUUAUAUCCUGUUAAAAAGGACAUUGUGGUGAAGUCGUUCACUAGAAGAACAGACAUGGUAUUUCUGACGUUGUCUUGUUUGAUCAGAAGUCGUGGACCUGACAGAUACUGGAAAGUUCAAGAAGUUCUCAAACAUGCACGGCACUUCAGAGGCAGAAAGAACCGCUGCUACAGUCUGGCUGUGAAGGCGGUCAGGAGAGCUUUUGUCUACGCCACUACAGCUCGGAGGCUCAAGAAGCGUUACAUGAGAACCCUCUGGAUCACACGCAUUGCAGCAGCAUCACGAGAGCACGGCAUGAAGUAUCCCGCCCUUAUGCACAACCUCACCAAGACCAGCGUUCAGCUCAACCGACGUGUGAUCAGCGAUCUGGCGAUCACGGAACCUCGGACAUUCCUCUCACUCGCAAAGCUGGCGCAGGCUCGGCAACAGGAAGGCUUCCGUGCAGCGUUGGGUGACGGCAAGGAGCCUUCUGGUGUCUUCUCCCGUAUUGUUUUGCUACAGUGAAGGACUUGCUGCAGUAACAGAUUUACAGUUGUGUGGUUUUGGAUUGUGGAGCUUGUUCUUGAGUCAGUCAGGCACACACUCACCUCCUUGCUUUACAGUUGUCACUUCAUCUUAGUAGCUUUCACAUAAUAUAAGGUUAAAUUAUUUCAUUUAUUUUUUAUGAUACUUCAUUGCUCACAAUACCAGGGCUACUCCACGCUGAACGACUCACAUAAAUUACCUUUCUUGACACCAGAGUCUGAUGACCAUAUAUGUGGCUGAAAAAGUAUGGACUGAUAGCUGAUCAGAGAGACCAUGACGUGAUGCACAGCCAGACCUGUGUCUCUUUGCCUGCACCAUGUAUAAACAGGUCGACAUGGAGUCUCACGUGGGUUAGUCCCGCACUGAUUUUAAACAGUUGCCAACAGAGCAAUGUCACUGAAGUAGAAAGGGAUGCAAUAUCUUGCUCAAGGACACUCCAGCAGGAUGGAUGAUUACUGUUGCAGUGCCUUGAUCCCUGACCUUGAAGAAAGGUUUCUCCCCUCACUGUGCUACCCUCCCUGCACCCAUGCUGCGAUUGUGUUGUCCAAAAGCAGUGCUUCCACGAAAACCGAUUUGACAAGUUCAUGCCUUUUCCCUUGCUGACAAUGCUGGCAAUGGGCAACCCCUACAUCCAUUUGUAAAUUCUUUUCAGGUGACCUAUUUCAAGUAAAGUUUAUAGUAGAUUAGAGCAUAUUUUUGGAAAUUGUGCACUCUUAUGUCAAGGAUACAAUCAUAAUCCAAGAUGGCAGCUGACAUUAAACAUAAUAGCAAGGCUUUGUCCACAGACAGCCCUGCUUCUGCUCUGUCACUGAUUUCAGUCCAACACCUCUAUCAUGUGUGCCAGACUUUUCCGGCAACAGUGCUGCGUACAAAAUACUUCACUAGAGUCAGCCAGUAUCGAGAUAGAGGAUGCUGAUGUGAGUUUUUUUUUUUUUUUUUGAGGUUGAGAAGAAGCGUGACCUCAAGCUCUGUCUUUAUGUAAAUAUAUAUGAAACCAUUUGUUGUGGCAAAGUUGUCCUCUU